AUCCGCACGGUCGGUGUAAUGUGUCUCCGGGAGACGUCCGGGAGAAUAUUUUCCUCCUACCUUUCAAGUACGUGUAUAAGCCUUAGAAACAUUGACUGACGAUCACACUAUACAGGGCCUACAUUACAAAAAAAAAAAAAGGGUAAGUAGCAGACGGGACCAUACAAUCAUAACUCGUAACACAAUGGACACAAAUCUAUUUCAAACAACUGUCGUAAAUAUAUUUUGUCCUUCUUACUUCCCAGUCUAGUAUUACGACUUCGACAAUUGAAAAAUAUAGACAUAUUGGAUAUGAAGUUCGAAGAAGCUGAUUUGAUCAAGCAUGUUAAUAAUAAUGUUGACAUCAAAGAAAACUUGAAAUUCGAAUACUAUUUAUUACCUCCGAAGCAACAGAUAUUUUAUCAAAAACUAGCUUUCGCAAUGAACGUGUUUAGGAUGGGAAAUCAAACUUGGUGGGGUUUCCCUCCUAUCCACAAGAUUUUCAUAUGCAAUACUUGGAUGGUGCUUAUAUUUAGUCCGAUGUGUUUAAUUUUACAGUUUGUAUACAUGUAUAAAAAUUUUGAUGAUCUUAAUUUUAGAACUUUGGGAACCAUGUUUUCAAUUAUUCCAGCUACUGCAGUCGUGGUGGCAAAGAUAUUCAUUUGCAUGAUACCAGCUUACCCCCAAAUAAUGAAAGAGCUCAUGGAUAAAAUACACCUAAACAAUUUUAUUGACGACGAGGAUCUUUUCAUAAAGAAGAAAUUAAUUCAAGUGGAACGCUACACCCGUUGGAUCACGUUGUGUCUUGUAACUUUCAUUCUUUUCGAUUGGCUUCUAUGGAUUUUCGUUCCUCUUAUGAACAAUAUUAAAAACAAAGAACUAAUAGAAAAACGGCUGGUACGGAUGGAAACAUGUUUGUACUUGUGGAUGCCGUUUGACUACGGUUAUGACUACAAUACAUGGGCCAUAACUCACGCCAUGAACGUGUAUCUCGUCGGUACUGGAUGCUGUGUCUUUGCUCUUUAUGAUUCCAUUAACUUUAUUUUCAUUUUUCACUUUCUGAGUCAUAUAGACGUACUAAGAUACAAGAUAAAAACUUAUUUUGCUACAAAGCUAGAUGAAUCUCAAACUAAAAGAAGAAUUGUUGACAUUAUAAAAUAUCAUUCUUUCAUUUUAAGCACUUUCAAAGAUAUCCAGGCUGCGUUUGGAUUAAAUGUAGCUAUCAAUUAUGCUCACAACCUAAUCGUUGACAGUUUACUACUAUACCAAAUAAUGAUUGGGGAUAAAGCAAACAGACUGUCGUAUGUAAUUAUGAUGCAGUUUCACAUGGGAGGCCUGAUAUUAAUGUCGCUUGCUUUAGAACAAAUUCAUAUUAAGACGGAUGACCUACCGCUAUUGCUGUACAGCGUGCCUUGGGAGAAGAUGUCAGUACCUAAUCAAAAGUUACUACUACCAAUCUUGCGCCGAAUGCAGACUCCUUUGGUGUUCAAAGCGUCCGGUGGGCUAAGAGCUGGAGUAAGGCCUCUGGCAUCGAUCCUCAAAUCAACAUUUUCGUACUAUGUUAUGUUGAAAUCUAGUAUAGAAUGAGAUAUGCCAGCAGAGGCAGCUGGAUAGCUUCAAUUUUUAAAGACAAAAAAGCAAAAUGUAGCGUAGUGUAGAUGUAUU